GUGACAUGAACGCGGCGAUCGGCAGAGACAGAUAAACUCCAGCUGGCGUCUUCACUCCUUCAGCAGCCAUGGCCCUCGCUGUAUCUGGAGGGACUGUGUUCACCAUCCUCCUCAUUAGCAGGUUGUUAGAGAGCUCGUUGCUCAACGCAGAAGUGAAGGAAGGAGAGAUUCUUCCUCCUACCAUUCAGCGGCUGAUGAAAGGAUACAACAAGUACCUCAGGCCUUUCUUUGACAACGGCCCUGUGACGGUGGGCAUGAGCCUGGACAUCGCCAGCAUUGACACCAUUUCUGAGAUCAACAUGGACUACACAGCCACCAUAUUCCUCCGCCAGCGUUGGACGGACGAGCGCUUGGUGUUCGAGGGCAACAAGAGCCUGAGCCUGGACGGCCGGUUAGUGGAGCUCCUUUGGGUCCCCGACACCUUCAUCGUCGACUCCAAGAAGUCCUUCCUGCACGACAUCACAGUGGAGAACAGGCUGAUCCGCAUCUUCCCCAACGGUACCGUCCUUUACGCGCUGAGGAUUACUACCACUGUGGCUUGCAACAUGGAUCUGACCAAGUAUCCCAUGGACAAGCAGACCUGCACACUACAACUGGAGAGCUGGGGCUACAACAUCAACGACGUCAUGUUUUACUGGACCAGAGGGAAUGAGUCCGUCAGUGGGUUAGACUCUCUGCAGCUGGCUCAGUACACGGUGGAAGACUACUACACAUCUGUUUCAGAGGCCAUCUACGAAACUGGUCAUUACCCCAGGCUGGUUUUCCACUUCGAGCUGAAGCGAAGCAUUCUGUACUUCAUCCUGGAGACUUACGUCCCUUCCAGCUUGUUGGUGGUUCUCUCUUGGGUUUCCUUCUGGAUCUCUCUGUCCUCUGUCCCAGCACGGAUCUGUAUUGGAGUGACCACGGUAUUGACCAUGACUACUCUGAUGAUGGGCGCUCGGACGUCCUUGCCCAACGCCAACUGCUUCAUCAAGGCCAUCGACGUCUACUUGGGAAUCUGCUUUAGCUUUAUCUUUGGAGCGCUCAUCGAAUACGCCGUGGCCCACUUUUGCACCCUCACUCACGGUGAAACACACGUGCUCAUGUACGGCCACCAAAUGCACGACUUCGACGACGAGAUCAACGGCAUCGUCACCACCAUCUCCACCCACUCCAGGGCCAAGAGGCGCAAGGAACCCGCUGCCGCUCCCGCCCCGGCCCCGGCCUCCACAGAACUCACUGUCAGCCCGUCCAGCCCCUCGGGCAGCGAGCCCAAGCCCGAGGCGGCGCCUCCGGAGCCCACCAACUGGUGCCUCACCGUUCUGGCCACCCUCCGCAAAAUCCUCCGCUCCAUAAGCUGCUGUCAUGUGGAGAACCCCCACCACAUAGACAACUACUCCAGAGUCACCUUCCCCCUGUCGUUCGUCAUGGUCAACCUACUCUACUGGACAUAUUACCUGUACUUUUAGCACUCACCAGAGUGAAGCUUCCGCGAGUCCGAGGCAGAGAGACGAGAAGUGUAUUUUACUGUAUGUAUGUACAGUGAGUGUUACUUAGGUCUGUUCUGAGGCGAGUGUGUACAAUUUCUACAUUUGGAUUCUUGAGUGCAGUAACAUUCUCACAUAGUCUUGUUUUGGGGGAAACGGCGAUGUUUGCUGCUCCAUUUUAUAUAGUCGUGCGUCUUCGAACGGCUUCGAGUUUCACGGCGCCGGAUUUUUG